AUGUCGUCUCCAAUAAUGUCAGUUGCCGAAAAAACGGCCUAUAAACGUAAUAUGGUUAAAAUAAGAUUGGCACGUUUUGGAAGAAAGCACCAACCAAUAUAUAACAUUGUUGUGAUGAAGGCUAAGAAAGCCCAACAAAAAUUGCCAAUGGAAGUCAUUGGUACUUAUAAUCCUAUUCCAGUUCCAUCUUCGGGUAAUGACUCAGGCUUGAAAAUAAAAGAUGUAUCAUUGGAUUUGCACAGGACAAAAUAUUGGUUAGGUAUGGGUGCAGUUCCUACUCCUCGUGUCACUUGGUUACUUAAGAAGGUUGGGUUAUUGCCACAAUUCUGGCCAAAGACAAGUGCAUUAAGUCAACAUAUUGAUAAACCUGUGGUUGAAGAAAUUAGAGAAACUCAAGAACUUCCAGUAGAUUAUGUGAGAAAGAGAGAUUAA